CUGGCGUGGGUGGAGCGGUUGGUAAACAGCAAAUGCGGGAACUGAGGCGUCGGGGUCAGCGAUGGACUGGAAAGAAAUUCUGCGCCGGCGGUUAGCGAUGCCCAACACCGGUCCAAACAAAAAAAAAACUGAACAAGAAUUAAAAGAUGAAGAAAUGGAUUUAUUUACCAAAUAUUACUCAGAAUGGAAAGGAGAUAGAAAAAACACAAAUGAAUUCUAUAAGACCAUACCCCGGUUUUAUUACAGGCUGCCAGCUGAAGAUGAAGUCUUACUACAGAAAUUAAGAGAGGAGUCCAGAGCUGUCUUUCUGCAAAGGAAAAGCAGAGAACUCUUAGAUAAUGAAGAAUUACAGAACUUAUGGUUUUUGCUGGACAAGCACCAGACACCACCCAUGAUUGGAGAGGAAGCAAUGAUUAAUUAUGAAAAUUUUUUGAAGGUUGGUGAAAAGGCUGGACCAAAGUGCAAGCAAUUUUUCACAGCAAAAGUUUUUGCUAAACUCCUUCAUACAGAUUCUUAUGGAAGAAUUUCCAUCAUGCAGUUCUUUAAUUAUGUCAUGAGAAAAGUUUGGCUUCAUCAAACAAGAAUAGGACUCAGCUUAUAUGAUGUUGCUGGUCAAGGGUAUCUUCGGGAGUCUGAUUUAGAAAACUACAUAUUGGAACUUAUCCCUACUUUACCACAAUUAGAUGGGCUGGAAAAAUCUUUUUACUCCUUUUAUGUUUGUACGGCAGUUAGGAAGUUCUUCUUCUUUUUAGACCCUCUACGAACAGGGAAGAUAAAAAUUCAAGAUAUCUUAGCAUGCAGCUUCCUAGAUGACUUAUUGGAGUUAAGGGAUGAGGAACUGUCCAAGGAGAGUCAAGAAACAAAUUGGUUUUCCGCUCCCUCUGCGCUAAGGGUGUAUGGCCAGUAUUUGAAUCUUGAUAAGGAUCACAAUGGCAUGCUCAGUAAAGAAGAACUCUCCCGCUAUGGAACAGCAACCAUGACCAAUGUCUUCUUAGACCGUGUUUUCCAGGAGUGUCUCACUUAUGAUGGAGAAAUGGACUAUAAGACUUACCUGGAUUUUGUUCUUGCAUUGGAAAACCGAAAAGAACCAGCAGCUCUGCAGUAUAUUUUCAAAUUGCUUGACAUUGAGAACAAAGGAUAUCUGAAUGUCUUUUCCCUUAAUUAUUUCUUUAGGGCCAUACAGGAACUAAUGAAAAUCCAUGGACAGGAUCCUGUUUCAUUUCAAGAUGUCAAGGAUGAAAUCUUUGAUAUGGUAAAACCAAAGGAUCCUUUGAAGAUUUCUCUUCAGGAUUUAAUCAACAGUAAUCAAGGUGACACAGUCACCACCAUUCUAAUUGAUCUGAAUGGCUUUUGGACUUACGAGAAUAGGGAAGCCCUUGUUGCAAAUGAUAAUGAAAAUUCUACGGACCUUGAUGAUACAUGAUCUCGCAAAGACUAGACUUUAUUCAUUAAGAUAAGUCUGAAUGCUACAUGUAAAACCUUUGAAGCAGAAUCCUUAGAAAUGGUCUAAAUAAAACACUUCAUAUGCCUAUAGAAUACA